AUGGUAAGAGAUAUGGAGAUACAACCUACUCAAAUGACACUACAACUUGUAAACAAAUCAGUAAAAUAUUCAUAUGGUGUGGUAGAAAACCUACCUGUUAAAAUGGAUAAAUUUCACUUUCUAGUAGAUUUUGUGAUUAUGGAUAUGAAAGAGGAUACUGAAGUUCCUCUCAUCUUAGAAAAACUACAUAAAGUUAUCAUAGAUAUUGAUAAUGGCAAGUUGAAAGUAAGAGUGCAAGAUGAUGAGGUCAACUUCAAUGUUUUUGAAGCCAUGAAGCAUCAUGUUGACAAAAAUGAUUGCCUCAGGAUUGAUGUUCUUAUGGAACUUUGCUGUGAUGCACAAAGGAAUUUAACCAAAGUAGACCCUUUGAUGAAGGAAAUCAUCAAUGAUGUCAAUUACAUUGAUGACAAAGAAUAG